GAGGAGAGUAGGCAGGUGAUUGCCGGCUGCAGCCUGGAGCUUCCGGACCCUGGGAAGGGUCCCGGCGCGUCAGGGGUUGGAGAACUGCCCUAUCCAGAUCAUGGACCCUGAGGUGUCCCUGCUGCUGCAAUGCCCCCCGGGGGGGCUGCCUGAGGAACAGGUACGGGCUGAGCUGAGCCCUGCCUACGACCGUCGCCCACUGCCAGGAGGGGACAAGGCCAUCACCGCAGUCUGGGAGAGCCGGCUUCAGGCCCAGCCCUGGCUCUUUGACGCCCCCAAGUUCCGCCUGCACUCUGCCACCCUGGUGCCCACUGGCUCGCCGGGGCCACAGCUGCACCUGUGCCUGGGCCUUACUUCCUAUCGAGACUUCCUGGGCACCAACUGGGCCAGCUCAGCUGCCUGGCUGCGACAGCAGGGGGCCACCGACUGGGGUGACAAGCAAGCCUACCUGGCGGACCCCUUAGGGGUGGGCGCUGCACUGGCCACUGCUGACGACUUCCUUGUCUUCCUGCGCCGCUCUGGGCAGGUGGCUGAGGCACCUGGGCUAGUGGACGUGCCCGGUGGGCACCCUGAGCCUCAGGCUCUGUGCCCAGGUGACAGACCCCUGCACAUCAACCUCCCUGGGGAGCUAGUGGUGCGUGAGCUCUUCUCCAGUGUCCUUCAGGAGAUCUGUGAUGAGGUGAGCGAGAGGCAGGUGGGACAGAGUGUUGGGCAAGGAGGGAGGGGGUAGAACAAUCCAGAAUUU